AUGUCCGUUACUGCCACAGUUACAGAAGUUCAGCGCAUUACAGGCGAGAAUGUCUCUUCAUUAUUUCCAGAUGUCGAUACGCGCCUCGUCCUCGACUUGAACGAACUGCAGUCGAGGCAGUCCGCCAGAGCUGGUGGUGAAUUGGAUGGCUACGAUGACGAGCAGGUCAAGCUGAUGGACGAACGAUGCAUUGUGGUGGAUGAUAACGACCAACCUAUUGGUAGUGGAAGCAAAAAGACCUGCCAUUUGAUGACCAAUAUUGAUCGUGGACUGCUCCACCGCGCGUUUUCUGUUUUCUUAUUUGAUUCUCAAAAACGCCUUCUUAUUCAACAACGCGCCACAGAGAAAAUUACGUUUCCCGACUGCUGGACGAAUACAUGCUGUUCACACCCGCUCGGAAUCCCCGGUGAGACUGGCGUUGGGCUGGAUGCUUCCGUUCAAGGGGUGCGGAGAGCAGCACAGAGAAAGUUGGACCAUGAGCUAGGAAUUAAAGCAGAACAAGUCCCGCUCGAUAAAUUCGACUUUUUGACGAGGAUUUGUUACAAAGCUCCCAGUGAUGGGAAAUGGGGCGAGCAUGAAAUUGACUAUAUUCUUUUCAUCCAAGCCGAUGUUGAUCUUGAUGUCAACCCCAAUGAAGCUCGCGAUACAAUGUAUGUCACCUUGGCUGAGCUGAAAGAGUUACUCAAGCGGCCUGAUUUGAAAUUCACACCUUGGUUUAAACUCAUAUGUAACUCAAUGCUUUUUGAGUGGUGGGAAAAUUUUGGGACUGAUUCAUUUAAAAAACACCUGAAUGACACAGAAUUGCACAGGAUGGUGUGA